AUGAGGACUGUCUUCAUUAUCCCUCUUCUCCUCACCAUAAUUGGUUUAGUUUCCGCAGCGCAGGACUGGAUGAUCAUCAACCCCGUUGCCGCAACAAUUUGGACAGCCGGGAAAGACCAGAAAAUAGCCUGGGUUAUCUUGACUGCAAAAGAUAAAGACUUUAAACCCAAUCCCGAUGUCACCCAAAUUAACAUUGACUUGAUGGAAGGAGACUUUGCAAAUGCCAACAUAGUGGCACACAUUGCAACAGAUGUUCCUGUGGGGGCCCAAACGUAUACUUGGGCCAAAGUUCCCGACUUUGCACAGGGAACAGACUAUUUUGUUCGCGUUGGGACUGACCAAUGGUGGAGAUAUACACAUGCCUUUACAUUUAACGGGAAGGGCACUGCAAAAUCGUUGGCCCAACCUGCACCCCAAACCCCCGCAUCUGCUCCUUCACCUGAUAAUACGACUGGGAAUAGUACUACCACCACCCCUGGAGAUAAUCCGCCUGCUGGGACUGGAGAUGCGACUGCUGGGGGAAGCAGUACGUCAACCACAACUAGUUCCGCUGGCGCAAGCGCAACCAAUAAACCGUCGAGCAAUUCGAAUAAAGCAUCAGUUGCAGUGACGAACGGCAGCGCCACAUUAUUGACAGCGAUGUUGACU